AUGAAGGUUAACGUUGCUUACCCCGCUAAUGGCACGCAGAAGUGUCUGGAGAUUGAUGAUGACCACAAACUCCGUCCAUUCUACGACAAACGAAUGGCUACCGAAAUGCCUGUUGACUUUCUUGGUGAUGAGUGGAAAGGCUAUAUCGUAAAGAUCACCGGUGGAAAUGAUAAGCAGGGCUUUCCCAUGAAGCAAGGUGUUCUCACCAAUGGUCGUGUUCGUCUGCUUCUUUCUAAAGGCAAAUGCUACAACCCGCGUCGAAAGGGAACUCGUAAACGAAAGAGCGUCCGUGGUUGCAUUGUUGAUAGCAACUUAAGCGCUCUUAACUUGGUUGUGAUCAGAAAGGGCGAGAAUGACAUUCCUGGGCUAACAGAUGUCACCGUACCCAGACGCCUUGGACCAAAGCGUGCUUCUAAAAUCCGCAAGUUGUUCAACUUGUCAAAGGAGGAUGAUGUUCGCCAAUUUGUGGUUCGUAAACCACUACCGGUCAAGGAAGGCCAAAAGCCUCGCACUAAAGCUCCGAAAAUCCAGCGGCUCACUACUCCCAUUCGCCUCCAGAGAAAGCGCAGGCAUAGGGCUCUUAAGAAAAAACGAAUCGCCGUCCGGAAGCAACUUGAGUCGGAUUACGCAAAGCUCAUUGCUGUCCGCCGAAAGCAAGCACGCGACGAAAGAAGGCGUUCUCGUAGCCGAUCCCUUCGCGAAUCUAAAAGCACCUCACAACAGUAA